CUUGCUCACUUAAUGGCUGACUGAAAUUUCCCCAAGUUUAUUAAAACACCCAUCACAAGUUAUUGAAGCUUACCCCAUUGAAUAUGCAAAUCUUUGAAUUCGAUCCCAAGUCCUUCUCCAAGGAGAAAUACAACGUUGGAGGAAUUUCCACCUACGUUUACAAUUCCGAUUUACUUGUGCCAUAUAUCAAGCAAUUUGACGAUGCUAACCUCCCCCACAUUGAGGAAAUCCCAAUUAAUGUCCUAUACUUGGUUCACCAACGUGGUGGAGACCAUAGGUUCACUGAAUCAAUUGCUUACAACGUGCUUAAACAAUUUUACGAAAAAAGACCAGCAAGUGAUGAUACUACUCCGUUAAUUUGUGUUACUUUUGAUAUUAGAAACCAUGGUGAAAGAUUGGUUGACGAGUUGCGUAAUUCCGGAUGGACUAAAGGGAACCAAAGUCAUGCCGUAGAUAUGGUUUCAGGAAUUGAAGGUAACGUACGUGAUUUGAAGUUGAUAAUUGAUUACUUGCCAAGUUACUUGAACUUGAACCAUUUCCUUGGCGCCCAAUUCAGAGAAAGAAACCCUAGUUGUGAAAUCAAGUUCCGUAACCUUUUAAGUGGGUAUUCUCUUGGUGGACAUACUGUGUUUAGAUUUGCUAGCGAGUAUCCCGAAUUAGUCAAGAUAAUUAAUCCCGUGGUUGGAUGUCAUGACUUGACUUCUUUAUUGGUAAACCGGUUGAAACAGACCCCACUUGAUUCACCUUCUUAUCAUAAGAAAUAUUUCUAUUUCCAUUAUGACGAAUUAGACUUGAAUACCGAACAGAAACAACUUAAUUAUCCAGAAGUGUUUCAUAAAAGGUUGAGCUACGAAGAUACUAGAAUCUUUGAAAAUUUCCCCAUGAACAAAAUCAAAAUGUUUGCUGCUUUCGGAAAAGAAGAUACGUUAGUGCCGGUCAAAUUGAGCUCUGUCUGGUGUGACGUUUAUGUAAACAGUAAUUCCGCUUGUGAAGUGUUUGUCCAAGAAGGUGUUGGCCACGAUGUCACUCCAGAAAUGAUAGAUCGUUUCACUACCUGGUUAGUCAAGAACAUCUAGAGUGUAAGUUUAUAUUUGAUUUGUAUAAAAGUGUAAACAUAUAAGUGCAGACGGAAUGUCGCAAAUCUCACUCAAUGUCGCGUCAUGGGUUGAGUUUCAAAUUUCACUUUGACUGUCAUUGUUUGGUCUCCACUUGGUAACAAAGCCCAAAAAAAAAUAAACUGUAAAUUUAGAAAUGGCCC